GCUCAGGGUCCAUAUUUGGUCCAACUGUGAGAGGGUGAACACUCCUGCCGUGCGCUCCCAAGGAUUAUAAUCGACAUUUCGGAUUAACUCUUCAUAUUUGCGCGUCCUCUGUCUAAUCUUCAAUUCUGGAUUUACCUACUGAUGCGAAUUUGUGGAAAUAGAGUGCUGUGGAGCGGCGGCUGAGAUGAUGUUCGGCCCGUGUGCUCGGUGAUGUCUCACGAUGGCCGCAGCCAAGGCGGGGGCGGCGGGGGGGGCUGUGCGGGGGGGCCGGGCACCACCACCUCCCCCCAGGGCAGCCCCAUCACGCUCUCCGUGCCCCGCCCGGACCACCAGCGCACCACCAACCUCUACGUGGACACGCCCUUCAAGCACCGCGUGGCGCCCCGCUUGCGGCCGGGCCAGCAUCCUUCGCCGGCGGGGGGUCGCGCCCCCCACUCGACGGACCUGCCGCUGGUCCACGGCGCGCCCGCCCGCACCAGCGUCAAGAGGCCGUCCGCCGCAGCCAAGCUUACGGCCGCCCAGACAAGUCUGAACGUCGGGACAACAGUGAAAGGCGGCAGCCUCGCGGGCAGCACCACGGGCGUGACCCUCGUGCCGCAGGGCAGCCGCGCGCCCGUCAUCAGCAAGCAGCCCGCCGCCCUCACCUUUACGAAGGGCGGCCGCGACGACAUCGACGGCGAGUCCAUCAUCUGCUCGUGGUGCGGCCGCUGCCGGUGCGAGGCAUGCACCAAGCCGCGGCCGCCGCCUGCGGCCUGGCUGUGCCGCAACAAGUGCCUGUGCUCGCCCGCAGCCGUGGUCGACUACGCGUCGUGCCUGUGCUGCGUCAAGGGCGUGCUCUACCACUGCAGCAAGGACGGCGACGCCGACUUCGACUCGGCCGCGGACCACCCGUGCUCCUGCGGCGGCCCGCAUGCGCUGCGGGGCUGGGCGUGCCUGGCCCUCGCCUCCGUACCUCUGCCGUGCCUGCUCUGCUACUGGCCCCUGACGGCGGCGCGGCGCCUGCUGGAGAGCACGUACCAGCGGUGCACGAGCCACGGGUGCCGCUGCCCCCAGGGCGUGGGCGCGCGCCACCACCCGCCGCCGCCCCCGGAGAAGCGGCCGCUGCACGACUGCGCCUGAAGGGAGUCGCGCAGUGGGCCGCCCUCCCCCGGCGGGCGGCCCGGGCCACCCACACCCACGGAGGACGGCCUCGGCCACCCUCUCAAGCUUUAAUCCCCGGGCCAGGGUGGCCGCCCGGCCCGCGCCGCCCGCCGGAAGCUGA